AUGAUCCGGCAAUUCGCCCCGUCGCGGGGGCCUAUGGACCUGAAGACCAUUCCGAGGAUGAACUCCAUCGUUCUCACCGGAUUGGACUACUCCAUGAAGCCAGAGCACGUUCGCUUCGAGAGCAGCAAACAAUUCAUUACUCCCUUCCCACAGAUCAAGGUCAUGCACCUCAUCAAAAGUCUUGCUCUCAUGAUCUACAACCAAGAGAAGCUCAUUCCCUACUACCACGCCAAUGUGUGCGACGGUCGCAAUUCGCUCGCCUACUUCAUCUGCGCGAUGCACCGCCAGACAGCCCCUCAACCCAUGACAAAGACCCACUCCCGCCAGAACUCCAUCGUGAGCACAGCCUCCGACCACAGCACUGCCUCCUGCAGAUCUGCAACGCCAGGCAAGACUUGCGAACUGCCGAAGCUAUGCACCACUUCCAUGCUGCCGCUCGGCUACUGGGACAGCCUCUUUUAUGCGCUCGUUGCCGAGAUCCGCUCUUUGCGCGAUGAUCUGGAGAGACGCUUCGGUUUCGCUUGCGAGAUUGACAAUCCCGUGCUGCACGCUCAUGGCCCCGACGGCGACUCUAAUGCUCCCUUCACCGCAGUCGACUUCGCUGUCAUGCUCGAGACGGCAUGGUACGCUCUCAUGGACAAUCGCCUUGUCGCCACUCUUGAUGAUGCUGUCCGCAUGAAGAACCUGCGUGAAGGCGCGGCCAAAGUCGGCAGCAACAGAGCGUCCAAAGAAGACUAUACAAUGAAAGACAAUGCAGACGAUGACGACCAUGAGGAGCAACUCUUGUGGCCGCCUCCAAUCGUGCCGGGCCUGGUCGACGUGUGUGGCAUGCUUCCGGAGCAGAUCAACGAAAUGCUCUGGGAAAACCACAUGCCCGCCAUCAACCGCGCAUGUCAAGAGAAUUUCGAGGAUGAGUCCAUGCUCACGGCUUACCGCGCCGAGCUGCAUGCGCGCGAUGUUGAAGCGGCUAUUGCAGCUGGCUCUCCACUCCCAAGUGCCAGCUUCUGCCCAUGCCACCGCACGUGUGUGUGCAAGAUCAAGUGCGACAAAGACGCCGACCAAUGCACGUGUUUGAACAGCCGCGCUCAGGUCUACCAUCUGGUCCGCGAGCAAGAACUGAAGAAGAAGGACAUUCACGCCAAGUACGUGAAGGCCGAGCACAAUGUGCCGAACCAGUUUCUCGGGGCUGCGACCAAUACUUUGGCUCAGAUGCAGAUCGCCGCCAUGGCCAACCCGAGCGUGGUGAAUGUCAAAGCCGUUCGCAACAUUCACGAUGCAAACAACGUACAGGAGGUCCGUGUGGCCCGGAAGCUUCGCGAUCGCAGUGGCACGAACGACAGCGACCUCGCGUACGUGCCUAACUCAACACCUGCAACUCGUGGUCCCAAAGACCCCUAUCCUCUGGACUUUUACAGGAGCUACUCGCCACAGCGCUAUCCCAAGAUGCAUCAGCAAGAGACAACAUACUCGGACUCGCAGGCGGCGCUGCAAUCGGUGAAAAGCAGUCUUGCCAUGCCUAGCCGCAAACCGGUCCCAGCGCCAAUCUCUACCUCGUCAGCUGUUACCAGCCUCCAUCAAGCGCAGCCGAGCUAUCCACAACAGUUUGCACUGACGCCACCUUCAAGCACUUCAUUUGACGCGCCGACGUUCGCGCAGGGAGGACAAGUCACGUAUCCCGAGAUCCCAGCGUCUCACAGUCAAUCCAUGUUCACGCAGAGCUAUACCCACGCGGAUCCAUACGGACGUGAUGCAGGCCAGAGCGUCUUCAGCCAUCACAAGGACACGCAUCCCGGCCCGCACGAUCCAGCCAACCAGUAUACCAGUCUUCUCUCCCGUCACCCAUCCACUCUGGAGCACGGACAUCACGACUCGGAGCCCAGCCCGCUGCUCUCCCGCCCACAUCUCAAUAUCGUAACCCAUGCCGCCACCACCGACGCACUUCCCACAUUGAGCACUUUGGGCUCCCUCAAACACAAGCCCCAGCCCGAGCUUCCCGGCCUCGACUUCAUCAGUCCCAAACCAGCAAACAAGCAACGUUAUGUCCCUGCUGGAGGCAACGCGAAGCUCUCCGAGCGUCCCGAGAUCCCUGGCCCUGCGUUACCAUACACCACUGCAUCGAACAGCGGCACAAUCACCAAGGCCGAGAUCGAUGCGAUUCUAGGCGACGAGGAGUUUGUGCGCCGCCAUUUCGGCGAGGAGGCGCUUCAUAUCAGCCCGCAGCGUUGCAGCGAGGAGUCGAAUAAUAAGCGCAAGUCGGAUGAGAGCGAGGCGAGUAAGAAGGGCAGCGGCGACAAGCGGGAUAGAACGAGCAGCAGCGCGAGCAACAAGAUUGCCGCGUGGAAGAAUCGGGUGUUCAGCAGUGGGGGGAGGAAGAAUAGUCGGAGCGAGGGGGAUUGA